AUAAAAAGAGAGAUUUAACAGCGAGUCGACAGUGUAGACAGAGAUAGCGACCUUUAAAGCUGUACAAGGGAAGCCGCACUGUACUUUAUCUCACCAAAAAUAGGAAAAAAAAAACAUAUAGCCAGUGAAAAAGGCUAAUAUCGCCUGUGAGAUCUGAAUCUAUAAAGUUAUUCGUCACUUCACUCACUCCCAUUCUCGGAUCUCUCGUUUACCACUCGACUCCUCUUCUUCUUCUAGAAACUCACAUAGUUAGCUAGAGGACAGUUUUUGUUUAGGAAGCUCUUUUGCUUCUUUGGGUUUUGAUGAUGAGAGGGAGAUCUGAUGGAGGCCAAAAGAAGCGCCUCAUUGCUUCCGUCUGCGUAGUGGCUCUAUUCCUCUGUUUCUUGUAUAUGUACUAUGAUUCCUCUAGCCAAGGUGCAUCAGCAUUGGAGUAUGGAAGAUCAUUGAGAAAACUCGGAUCUUCUUAUUUGGGUGGUGAUGAUGAAGAUACCAAACAAGAUGGAUCUGUGAGCAAUGAAGAAGACAGUCUUGUUGUGGCAAAGAGCUUCCCUGUUUGUGAUGACCGGCACUCAGAGAUCAUCCCUUGCUUAGAUAGAAACUUCAUCUACCAAACGAGGUUGAAGCUUGAUCUAUCUCUUAUGGAACAUUAUGAACGCCAUUGUCCUCCUCCUGAAAGAAAGUUUAAUUGUUUGAUUCCUCCUCCAUCUGGCUACAAGGUUCCUAUUAAGUGGCCUAAGAGCAGAGAUGAAGUGUGGCAAGCUAACAUACCUCACACUCACCUUGCUAAAGAGAAGUCUGAUCAGAACUGGAUGGUUGUCAAAGGUGAUAAGAUCAAUUUUCCAGGUGGUGGCACUCAUUUCCAUUACGGAGCUGAUAAGUACAUUGCAUCUAUCGCCAAUAUGCUUAACUUCUCUAACGAUGUAUUAAACGACGAAGGAAGAUUAAGAACGGUUCUUGAUGUUGGUUGUGGAGUAGCGAGUUUCGGAGCUUACCUUCUCUCAUCUGAUAUUAUCGCAAUGUCAUUAGCUCCUAACGACGUUCACCAGAACCAAAUCCAGUUUGCACUAGAGAGAGGCAUCCCUGCUUACCUUGGCGUUUUAGGUACCAAGAGACUUCCUUAUCCGAGCAGAUCAUUCGAGCUAGCUCACUGCUCUCGGUGUAGGAUCGACUGGCUUCAAAGAGACGGCAUCCUUCUACUCGAGCUGGACCGAGUGCUAAGACCUGGAGGCUAUUUCGCUUAUUCGUCCCCUGAAGCUUACGCGCAAGACGAAGAUAGUUUGAGGAUAUGGAAGGAGAUGAGUACCCUUGUUGAAAGAAUGUGUUGGAGAAUCGCUGCUAAAAGAAACCAAACUGUUGUUUGGCAGAAACCGUUGAGUAAUGACUGUUACUUGGAGAGAGAGGCUGGGACACAGCCUCCUCUUUGUCGCUCGGAUGCUGAUCCUGAUGCUGUUUAUGGUGUGUCAAUGGAAGCUUGCAUCACUCCCUACUCCAAGCAUGACCAUAAAACCAAGGGAAGUGGGUUAGCUCCUUGGCCAGCUAGGAUGACUUCUCCUCCUCCUCGUCUUGCAGAUUUUGGUUACUCAACACAUAUGUUUGAGAAAGACACGGAGCUUUGGAAACAGCAAGUGGACAGUUACUGGAACCUAAUGUCUUCAAAAAUCAAAGCAAACACUGUGAGGAACAUAAUGGACAUGAAAGCUCACAUGGGUUCUUUCGCAGCUGCUCUUAAAGACAAAGAUGUAUGGGUUAUGAACGUUGUCUCUCCCUACGGUCCCAACACUCUUAAACUGAUCUACGACCGUGGUUUAAUCGGGACAAAUCAUAACUGGUGUGAGGCUUUCUCUACAUACCCGCGAACAUACGAUCUAUUGCACGCAUGGACUGUCUUUUCAGACAUCAAAAGCAAAGGAUGCAGUGUGGAGGAUCUAUUACUUGAGAUGGAUAGGAUUCUUAGACCUACAGGAUUCAUCAUCAUCAGAGAUAAGGAGAGCAUUGUUGAAUCAAUCAAGAAGUAUAUGAAGGCUCUGCAUUGGGAGGUUGUGGCAUCGGAGAAGGUAACUACAGGUUCAGAGCUUGACCAAGACAAUGAAGAUGGUGAGAACAAUGUGGUUUUUAUUGUCCGGAAGAAACUUUGGCUCACCAGUGAAAGCCUUAGGGACAAUGAGUGAUCAAAUGAAAAGCAGAAGAAGAAAAAGAAAAGAAAUUGUUUUAUUCCCACAAGUUUUCAUAUAGUUUUAUUUUGAUUUUUGUAGUUGAUUUGUACCUCAUAAGCAAUAUUAUAUAAAUACUAAAAUUAAUCA